ACAAGCGCCCUCAUGAUUCAGCGACACAUACCGUCCCAUCUGAAAUACCCAAGUUCGGUCUCCUGUUCUCUAGUUUUCACCGUUCUAUAUAUAUUUUCCAAUUUCCAAUUUCCAUAAGCUGAUGUAAGCUUCAUUGUGCCAAAUUAUAUUUAUUUUUUAUUAUCUUUAUUUUGUUAUUUUUGAAUGAUUAAUAAUUAAUUAAAUCAAGCUAAUUACAUAUCAAAUACAAGGUUAAAAAAUGGGAAGAAAAAAGAGUAAAAGACAAGCACCAGUUAAAAGAAAGGCUAUUGAACCUUUGGAUACUCAAUUUAAUUGUCCUUUUUGUAAUCAUGAAAAAUCAUGUGAGGUUAAAAUGGAUAAACAAAGAAAAACAGCAAGAAUAAGUUGUCGAGUAUGUAUGGAGGAUUAUCAAACAUCUGUCAAUGUUUUAUCUGAUCCUUUGGAUGUUUAUAAUGAUUGGAUUGAUGCGUGUGAUGCUGCUAAUUAAUAUUCAUCUUGUUUUAUAUCGGCCAAAACAGCUUCAAGUAUUUAAUAAAUUAAUUAACAAGUUAAAAAUAAACGACAACAACAACAACACAAAUGAGACUGUUACAAAAUUUAUCAUCAAUGUACAAUU